CUUGAACAUAUCAGUUCGUACUAUAACCGCGCGUAAAAUAUACUUUCUUUGAACUUGUCAACAAGAUGUCGUUGUUUUCCACUCCUGCUUUAAACAACUAUGUAUCUAGCGCUACAACCUUUAUAAAGAAAUCGAUUGAGACGAAAGUGUUUGAUGAUGGUGGAUCAAAGGGUGCCUUUAUCGUAAGUGCCUACAGAUGCUAGUCGUAUAUGAAAAUUAAUUUUUCAUCUAAGUCGUAAUUUUGCGAUUCUUGGUAACCCUUGUUUCUGAUGGUUACGUUUUUUAUAUGUGGAUAUUCAUGAAUAUGUUUAAGCUGCAGGUCGUUGAUCAUAAAUGUUAUGAAAACCUCAUUGAUAAUGAGAUGUCACAGCGCACCUUAUAAAGUUGGGGAGGAAUCGCUGUCCACUAGUGAUUUGAUGCACAAAAUCAUCAGACUGAUAUUUUCGGAGCUGUGCUUAGAUGGUAGUAGAGCCACACCUCAUAAUAAUUCUCUUCUAGGCAUGAAUGCACCGUUGAUUGGACGUUAUGGUAUAACGAUCAGUUCAGGUGGUACAAUCAAUCUUGGCCGUUUCAAAGAUCCACGUGCAACACUUCGUGAUGCACGUGAUAACAAAGUGGUUGUACCGCCGGAUUAUGGUAAUACGGCAAACAAGCCUAUACCAGCCACAAGAGGUGGUGAUGUAUCCUCCGCAUCAUUAUCGUAUGACCAGUUAAAAAAACAGCUGCUUCAAAGUGGUAAAUUAUUCGAGGAUCCGGAGUUUCCACCUAAUGAUAAAAGUUUAUACUUCAGUCAAAGACCGCCAAAACAAAUUGAAUGGUUACGUCCACAUGAAAUAUGUCCAAAUCCUGAAUUUAUUACUGGCGGUGCAUCACGAUUUGAUGUACGUCAAGGUGAAUUAGGUGAUUGUUGGCUAUUAGCUGCUAUUGCUUGUUUAUCAAUGAAUCAGAAAUUAUUUGAACAAAUUGUAGCAAUUGAUCAAAGUUUUACUAAAGAAUAUUGUGGUUUAUUUCGUUUUCAUUUUUGGAAUUAUGGUGAAUGGAAAGAGGUUGUUGUAGAUGAUCGUUUACCAACUUAUCAUAAAUCAUUAGUUUAUAUACAUUCAACUGAUACAAAUGAAUUUUGGUCUGCAUUAUUAGAAAAAGCUUAUGCAAAAUUAUGCGGUUCAUAUGAAGCACUUAAAGGUGGUACAACUAGUGAAGCACUAGAAGAUUUUACUGGUGGAAUUGCUGAAAUGUUUGAUUUGAAAAAAGAUACACCAACAAAUUUAUUACAAGUUAUGCUAAAAAGUCAAGAGUUAGGUUCAUUGAUGGCAUGUUCCAUUCAAGCUGAUCCAAAUAAAUAUGAAGCCCGAUUACCAAAUGGAUUGAUUAUGGGACAUGCUUAUUCAGUUACAUCUGUUAAAAUGUUAGAUAUAUCAAUUCCAAACAAAACUGGUAAGAUACCACUAGUUCGUGUACGUAAUCCAUGGGGUGAUGAAUCUGAAUGGAAAGGUGCAUGGAGUGAUAAAUCAAAAGAAUGGUCACUUAUCUCACCAGAACAACGACAACAACUUGGUUUAACAUUCGAUGAUGAUGGUGAAUUUUGGAUGUCUUAUCAAGAUUUUGUAUCGAAUUUUGAAAAACUUGAGAUAUGUCAUCUUGGACCACAAUCUAUGGGAGAAAUGGGAGGAAAUCGUGUUUGGGAAAUGUGUAUUGAAGAAGGUUGUUGGCAGCGGCGUGUAUCUGCCGGUGGAUGUCGUAAUUUUCUUGAAACAUUUUGGAUCAAUCCACAAUAUGUAGUAACUGUUGAAGAUCCAGAUGAUGAUGAUAAUGAAAAUAAAGGUACAUUAAUUGUUGGUUUAAUGCAAAAGAAUAGACGAAAAAUGAGACGUGAAGGUGCUGAUCUAUUAACGAUUGGUUAUUCUGUUUAUAAAUUACCAGAACAGCAUCAAGGUACAUUGGAUAUGAAAUUUUUCAAAUACAAUGCAUCAGUUGCACGUUCACCAGCGUUUAUUAAUCUACGUGAAGUUUGUGGACGACAUAGAUUAGAUACAGGACGUUAUGCAAUUAUUCCGUCAACAUUUCAACCAAAUGAAGAGGCUGAUUUUAUGCUACGUAUAUUCUCAGAAAAACCACGUACAACUCAUGAACUAGAUGAAGAGAUUGGUGAAACCGAACCGACAACCGUUGUCAAACCAUUAACUGAUAUACAAGUGGAAGCAUUACACAAAGCAUUUAAUAAAGUUGCUGGAGAUGAUGGUGAAAUUGAUGCAGAUGAAUUACGUGAUAUAUUGAAUUGUGCAUUUACUCGAGAUUUUGCUUUUGAUGGAUUCAGUUUGGAGUCGUGUCGAAGUAUGAUUGCUAUGAUGGAUGUCGAUCGUUCUGGUAUGUUGAGUUUUACGGAAUUUCGGAAACUAUGGGAUCUGUUACGUGUUUGGAAGUCUGCAUUUAAACAAUUCGAUACAGAUAAAAGCGGUUCGAUGAAUUCAAUUGAAUUAAGAAAUGCAUUGAAACAUGUUGGUUUUUCAAUUAAUAAUGCAACAUUUUCUACAUUGGUUUUACGUUUUUCACGUCGUGAUGGUAGUGUACCAUUUGAUAGUUAUGUGAUUUGUUGUGCACGUUUACAAACAUUAUUUGAAGUAUUUAAAGUGACACCGAAAAAUGAUAAAUCACAAGCAUUAUUCACUGAAACUGAUUUUGUGAAUUGUGCACUUUAUAUGUAAACGAUCAAGAAAGAUAGAUUCAAUAAUAUCUUGGAAGUUCAUAUAUUAUCCUUAUUCUUCUUAUUAUUAUUACUUCAUAUCAUUUUGUUUGUUUAUUCAAUUUCCCACCUUGAAUAUAUCAAUUAAACAAAGAUUAUUUCAUUUAAAAUCUUUUAAACAAACUGACCAUUUAUAUCGUUACAAUCCAUCCAUCCAUUCAUCUAUCCAUAUACAGAUAAUAUGUCUAGUUGAUAUUUAUGCUUUGAAUUUGCAUUAUUGCUUUUCUUCUUAUAACUAUUUAGCUUUAUCUUGACAAUUGAACAUUCAAUUUGUUGUACUGUCUUUCUCUAUUAUUAUUAUUAUUAUUAUUAUUAUUAUUAUUAUUAUUAUUAUUAUUAUUAUUAUUAUUAUUAUUAUCAUGAUGAUGAUGAUGAUGCAUGGAUACUACGAAACUAUAUUCUAUUCUAAAUUGUGAUUGUGUAUUAAGAUUGUAACUUUAAAUGCCAAUCAUUGAGAAACUUAAUAAGAAUAAUCAUAAAGUAUCCAAAAAGCAUUUUAAAUCUUUUCUCAUAUCAAUGUCUUUAUCAUUUGAUAGUAAUGAUAGUUGAAGAUGAUAUUGUAGUGUGGCGUCGAGUCGCAAUUGACUAUGAUCACCACUACAGGAAGGUUGGGUACCAAAUAUGAGAAGGCAAUUGAAGGUUGUAGCGAUAUAUAUUUGUUGGUGAUCUCGGGCUAUCGAAAGAAUACCGAGAUCGUACCAAGUGAGUACAAGCGGAUUUACUGAGUAAACGUAAGUUCGUGCAAGGUCACAACCAACGGAAGGAAGAAUGGAGGAAUAAUGAAUGUAUUUCGGUACAGUUAAACAAACAAGUACAUUAAAACAAUCACUGGUACAAUUGGUUAUAAUAAUAAUUGUUUCC